AUGCUGUUAUGUAGGUGGGUCCAUCCUACCUACACUGGGUUAUGGCAUCAUUAAUUCGUUACAGGGCUAUGUUGGGCCGGACCACUCGGAUUGGCUCAUCAUUAUGCAUCCUCUCUCUCUCUCUCUCUCUCUCUCUCUCUCUCUCUCUCUCUCUCUCUCUGUUUCUCUCCCUCUCCCCAGCCACAGCCAGCCAGCCGUCAUCAUCAUCUCCGACCGCCGCUCUGUACACUGUACUGUUCAAAGAGAGAGGUUGAGAUGGGGAUGAGGGCGCUCGUCUCGGGCCAGCCGGCGCUGCUAUGCCCGAGGCCAUCGUCCCUGAGCAGCAGGGCUAGGAGAGCACCGGGCGCCGCUUCUGCCUCCGCAUCCGCAUCCCCUUCUUCUUCCUCCUCCUCCCCAUGGCCAUCCCUAUCCAGGCUGGGAACCACCAUCCCCAAGCACGCCGAGCGCCUGCUUCCUCUUCCUGGGCUCGAUUUCACAAGGCGGCGCACCGUUCCCCCUAGGCUCCACGCGCUGCCUCUGCCUCAGCCUCAGCCUCAGCCUCAGGAUGAUGCUCUUGAAAAGGAGGAGGAGGAGGAGGAGGACAAUGCUCUCUUGCUGCAUAUAACACGGAAAACGAUAAUGGGUGAGGCGACUGGAGGGGCGACUCCCGCCUCCGGCCGGCCCGCACACCAUGGUGCUAGGCGGCGGAUCGGAGGGCGGUUCUGGGCACUCGCCGACGAUGAGGACGACGGGGAUGGAGAGAUGGAUGCAAUCUCGCCGGAACCGCCGGAGACACCGCCGUCGCCGACGCCUUCCGAUCUGGUAUGUGAAUUUUUCAAUGUAGGGUACGAUGAGGAGGAGGUGGCAACAACUCUAGACAGAGUACUGCCCCCUGAUGAUCCAGCAAGGAUAGGACUACACGCGGGGGAGAAGAAAGAAAUGGUCCGGCGAGUCGUUCAUCGGAGGACGGCAGCGUCGGCGAUCCGGCCAUGGAAAGGUCCCCUCCCUAAGGUAUGUCUACCAAAUCUCACACUUUUCGAUUUGAUCCGUCCGGAGGCUUGGACUACGGUGGUGAGGAAGAAGAAAGGCCGCCGGGUAGUCGCCGGGCCGGCGCCGGCGGCAAACGUGGCGGUCGCGCCGGUGAUCACGGCGAUCGGUGUCGGGCCUGCUCGAUCCUCUCGUUUGAACGAGCUUCUGGGCCGGGUUGGGCUGACGUUAUGCGAAAAGGAGACGGGCCUGACUAGGACUGGGUAUGAGGCCCAGGACCUUAGCCAGGUGACCGAACGGCCUAUCGAGGAGGCUAGCGACGUGCAUGUGAUCGAGUCGACGAGUUCGACUAGUCCUGCACUUCCUCGUCUGUUUCGUUCGUCCAGGGCAGCUAGGGUUCGCAAGGUUGCUGCGCCUGGCUUCCCUCGGAUUGGUUCUGGUAGGGCUGCACGUGUUCCGCCGGCUGCGGCUAUGGCCGGUCGGAGCGCUGGCCCCCCGCCGAAGCUUUUCAAUGGGAUUCCGGCGAUCGGGAUCUCCCAGAUGCACGAUCACUUGUUGGGCUGUGUUGGGCCGGAUCGGAGGGAGCCAAGUUCGCGAGUGGAUGGGCCAGGGUCAGAUGGGUAUGUGGCCCAGUCUGUACCGGACCUGAAUCCUACUCCCCCUCGUAGCAGUCCCUCAUGCACGAUCGCGAUCGAUCCUUCUCCCCCUCGUGCGCCGUACUCUGUUGGUGCUAGGGUUCCAAGGCGCGGGACUCGCGGCUUCCCGACGUGUGGCUCGGGUCGGGCUAGGAGGAUUCGACCCUUGCUGGCCAUGGCCGGCCGCGGGGCUGCGGCGCCGCCAGCCAAGACGCAAGCCGCCUCUGCUCCAGCAGGUCGGGGCGGGGCUCCUCCGCCGCCGGUGGCGGGUGCUGGGCACGGUGCCCUGGUGUCGCCCGCCCAGAGACCGCCGGCGGGCAGUGGUGCAACUCAGGCCACCCAGGGUCGUGGUAAUGGCCGCUUGGGCGUUCGGCCGCCGGGGCAACCUUUGCAAGCUAUGGCCGGUAGGGGCGGGCUGAGGCCGCCGGCGCUAGGUCUGGCUUCCGUGGCGCAGCCGGCCGCGGGUCGGGAUGGGCCUCGCCCUCAGGCGCCGGGCGCGGCUGUUGUGGCUACUGCAGGCCGGGGUGGUGCGGCCCUUGGGGCUGUGCAAACGCCGACAGCCGGUCAGCCUCGUGGCGCGCCUCCGCCUCACUUCGUCGUGAGGCCUGCUCACAAACGUUCGGGACAAUCGCAGACGACGCAGAAUUCGAACACUAGAGGCUCCUAUGAUCCGCCACGAGGCCAGUGGGGAGACGAUGGUUAUGAUGUGUAUGGAGAUGGACAACAUCGUGGUUCCUCAUCCACGGGUGGAGGACGUGGUUAUGCCUGGCAGAGUGACGGGUCUGCUGAGAGACCGUUUCUCGGGCCUCCAGGAGGUUUUGUUGAGGGUGCUUCCGGUCCGGAUCACCGCCAGAGAGGGGGUCACCGUGGACAUCGCGGUGGUCGGGGCGGUGGACGCGGGAGGUAUCAUCGCAGACCGCCGCCGCCUUCGGCAGUUGUUGACCAAGCGGAGUCAGUACGGAAGACCGAUAACGCUACCGCGGAGCUCCCUCCCCAGGCAAUGGAGGUGGUAGCGGCUUUAGCCAAUGUUGAGGCUCCGGCGACUGGGAGUGUGACUGAGGCUACAGACAGGUCUGAGGCUGAAAGGGCGUCCAAGUGGGCGCGUAAGAAGGAUAGGAUGCUUUGCUACCGUUGUGGUGAGAAGGGCCACUUUAUUGCUGAUUGCGUGGCAGAGCUGUGUGAGUCCUGUGGUAAGCCGGCACAUGCCUCGGGGGACUGCCCAUUGUUGCGUGACCAGGCUCCAUCUUUGACUAUGUAUGGAGUUUAUUGUGCUGAACUUAUGUUCUUUGAGUCCCCGGCUGCGAGAGAGAUUCCGGAGGAGACUUUGAGCUUGACCACCGGGGUUGUCAAAGCUACUCAGGGUGAGGUUUCGGAGGCUCAGAUUGUGCAGAGGCUUCAGGAACUGGCACCGGGAGACUUCCAUUGGGAGCUCGUUCCUCUCGAGGCCAAGGUUUUUAAGGUGGAGUUUCCUUCAAUGGACGAUCUGCAGCGACUGUUGAGUUUUGGUUUAUGCAGAGUUCCUGGCACUAGGUGCAUUCUGGAGUUCCAUGAGUGGCAGCAGGUGGAACCUAAAGGAAAGCCGCUUACGCAGGUCUGGUUGAGGUUUUCGGGGGCUCCAUCUAAGCCUUUGCAGGAUGUUCGAGUCGUGGCUAGUAUGGGCAUUAUGGUUGGCAAGACGGAGAAAGUGGAUAUGGCCUUUACUCGUGCACAUGGAGUGGCACGCAUCUUAGUGAGCGUUUUGGAUAUUGAGUUCGUGUCUGACGUGGUUAACUGGACCUAUAGAGGAGAGGUGUUUCCUCUUGAGAUCGAGUUUGAGGACGCUGCCUUGUUUGCUGACGCAAUGAUUGGGAAUGAUGUUGACAUGCACGAGGGGGACGACAAUGCGGGAGCGGAAGGGGCACAGACUGACGAGUCAACCCGUGAGGGGACUAACGAUUCUCGUCCUGUGGCUCAGUCCGGGGAUGGGACCGGGGUUGAGCCGGCACCUUCACCAUCGGUGCCUAUGACCUCGUUGCGGUUCGGGUCCUUUGAGCCAGCCUCUGCCCCUCCCAGACUUUGGAGUGACCGGGUAGAUUCUGAUGAGGCGUUUGAGCAGUCACUACCUUUGUUGGAGUUUGAGGAUGCCGGUGGGGCACUGGCUGGAUGCGCUCCGUGCGGACAUCGUCGGUGAGGAUUUUGGUUGGCUCUGGGGACGGGGAGUCGGUGGUUGCUUCACCGGAGGCUCUCUUUCCCUUGGGCGUGGCGGCGGCGGCCGCGCCUUCUGUGGCGUUGGGGGAGGGGGGCUUGGGGCAGGCGGCUCUGACUCCCACUUCCCCCUUCACUUCCCUGACAUCGGCAUCGCUGGUCAUGACGGGACCGGCAGGUGCUGGGAGUGGAGGUCCGAGGCAGGCGGCCUCGGCUCUCUCUCCUUCGGGCGUGGCGGCGGCGCACGCGCCUUCUGUGGCGUCGGGGGAGGGGG